AUGUACAUGAUGUCACUACUUCAAUGGAAGAGCAACAACGUGGUUAUGUGUAAAUUUUUUCCUGCUAGUAUGGAAGGAGAGGCGAGAAAUUGGUUUUAUACCUUACCAGCAGAGUCAAACGGAAACUACGGAGUUCUGAUAGAAACCUUUCUUGAAACAUAUAUGCACAACAACAUCGCUCGACCUAGGGUCAAUAAGUUGUUCACUCUGGUAAGAAUAUUUAAGGAAUCUUUGAGGUCCUUGACGGAUAGGUGGAGGAAAUUGUGUACCGAUAUCGGGAAGGUGCCAAUCGACCAACAGAUAUUUGGAUUUGAAAAUCCACUCGGGAAGUCGGACCCUAUCUGGGUAGCCAUGUUCACCGAGAAACCUCAGACAUUGAAAGAAAUGAGGAAGAUGCAGGAACACUACAUCGCCCUAGAGGAAAUACAAGAGGGUUCCAAGGAUAGAGGAAUACAAGAGGCAAGUACAACAUUGGAGGUAGUAUUUCAGGAGGCAUCGAAGCGGCCAGAGAAGAGAUCGGAUCCGCCACCUAAAACUGCUGGAAGAAAGGAGUGGGACGAUAAGGGGAAAAGGCCUCGCCGUGAACCAAGAACUUAUACACCUCUGAACGCACCACUCGAAGAAAUUUUCAAGGAAGUAAAGAAAAUGAAUGACAUCAGAUACCCGAAGACCAGGGGAAUACAAUUUGAUGAAACAAAGAACCAUCCCGAAUUCUGUCAUUAUCACCAGUUCCGAGGUCACUCAACUAAUGAUUGUCGGGAAUAA